CUGGGAAACGUAAUUAUUUUGUGAUACCUGAUUUUUAGUGCUGCUGGGGAUUGAAUAUUGAGGUGUUGUGGGAGGGAUAGCAAGGGUUCCUAGGCUGUGGGCUAUGAAAUACCUGGGGUUUGUGUGGGAACCUCCACGUUAGUGUGUGGGGUCAUUAAUUUGCGUCAGGGAUGCCAAAAAUGCAGCAGCACUGAGGAGCUCAGAGCGGGAACAGCUGGGCCUGGCUUUGGGGCUGCUGUUAAAUGUUAUAAACCUCACAUUUCGGAGGAUAAAAAUGUAGGCUGGGGUAUCAUCCUUGAAGGGUCUAAAUGAGCUAGUGGAUUUUUGUUUUCUUAUUGCAUGUUGUUAGACAGUGUCUGGUGUUUAAAUAGAUAAGAAGAAAGUCUACAGAACCGUACAUCAGUUUGCAGGUGUUUGUCAAGCCAGGGCCACAGAACCAGUGGUUGCUUUUCCUGCUGGAUUCAUCAUGAUAACUCCAGCUUUUGAACUGACCCAGGAUCCAGAUUUUCUUACAAUAAUAAUCAAAGUACCUUAUGCCAGAGCUUCAGAGUUUGACGUGUAUUUUGAAGGGGAAGAUUUUAAAUUUUAUGCUAAGCCGUACUUUCUCAGAUUGACACUUCCUGGAAGAAUUGUAGAAGAUGGCAGAGAAAAAGCAUCUUAUAAUACAGACAAAGGAACUUUUACAAUUCGGUUACCUAAGGAGAUUCCUGGCCAAUAUUUUGAGGGACUGGACAUGCUGACAUCUCUCUUAGCACCAAAGAAAUCAAGAUCAGCAAAACCUUUAGUUGAAGAAAUAGCUGCCUCUGCUGAGUUGUCUGAGGAGGAGGAAGAAGAAUUUGACUGGGAAAUAGAGCAGACACCUUACAAAGAAAGUGCAGAAGGCACUCUACCACUACAGUACCGUUACGGAUUUGGGAGUUUGCGGUCAGGGGUGUUCCAGCGGCUGCAGGAUGAACUCAGUGAUGUUAUUGACAUUAAGGAUCCAGACCAAACUCCUGUAGAUGAACGUAGGAGGAAACGCCUGGCAGCUGAGGCUGCCAAGUUUGAGCCUGAUCAUUACCUAGCUGAUUUUUUUGAAGAUGAAGCUAUUCAGCAUGUCUUAAAGUACAAACCAUGGUGGGUUGAUGCUCAUAAAAAAAUGAUAGCCUUACAAGGAGAAAGUCAUCAGGAACACGACACCCAUACAUUUGUUGUCUUCUCUGAGGAAGAGAAAGAGCAGCUGAGAAAGUUCACAAAUAAAUCUUAUCUUCUGGAUAAAAGAAGCCGUCAUCAUGUAUAUCUUGGUUUAAUUGAUAUCCUUCUGGCAUAUUGCUAUGAAAUCUGUGUCAAUGAAGGAGACAAGAAUGUUGAAUCGUCUUGGAACAUCAGGAAAUUGAGUGCAACAUUGUGCUGGCUGGAGAAUUUCGCUAGCAUUCAUGACGUCCUGGUAUCUUUUGGAAGAAGAGUGCUAUGCUAUCCCUUACACAGGCAUUUUGGAUUAGUGACACGUGCAUUCAAUGAUACAGUCAUGAUACUGCAACUAGGAAAAGCUGCAGUUUUGAAGUGUCUGCUGGACAUUCACAAGAUUUUUAUGGAGAGUGACCCUGCCUACAUCCUUAAUGAUCUCUUCAUUACAGACUAUUGCAUCUGGAUUCAAAAAAUCAAGUCAAAAAAGUUGGCUGUGCUCUCUGAAUCCUUGCAGAAAACCACACUAGCUAAGUCCCACAUAGGAUUUGAACUAGAAGAGCUGGAAGCAGCAGCAGUGCUGGUACAAGAGGAAGAGAGCAUGUUAAAAGCUGCUGGCACAGUUUCCAGGCAACAGCUGCCUUCCUCUGAGUCGGAGACAAGUGACUCUGAAGAAUCAAGCGGUACUUCAUCAUCUGAGACAGAAGGCUCUGAUUCAGAUGAGCGAGAGUCCUCAACCAGUGAAGAUGGGAAAAUAAAUUCUUUACAAGGCAUGCUUCAAGAGGAGAGGACAGCUCCACUUAUUGACUGUAAUGGAUUAAGGCAUGGCACAAACACUUCGACGUUUGAGGUUAGUGAUGAAAAAUCAAAGGUUUCUUUUCAAUCUCCGACUCUUCCUGGAAAAUUGAUAGAAGAAUUAGAAAAGCAAAUGCACACUGCAAUUAGACUUUCAGAACAGCCUGAAGGAUUGGCUACUGCAAGCUGCAUUUUACAACAACAAGAAGAAAACUGUGUAUCUGAGCCUGACAGAUUUUCAAAAGAUACUACUGGGAAGGGAAAUUUCUUGGAGGUGUCUUCAGAGACAAACCCAUUGCUUUUUCUUCGCAGCAUAAAUGAAGAUGAAGACUAAAGGACCGUGUUAGAACAUGGUGUGACCCACUAGCAACACAGCUCAUUGCUAUAAUGAGGUGUUCCCAAGGCUAUCCUGAGCUGCAGAAAGAAGUUGAUAUUUUUAUUCUUUGUUGUGUUGACAGUUUGGAGGACAAGAGUGCUUUGAAAAGAAUUGAUACGACUGUAUGAUAGAUACCCUUAUAGUUAGAUUUUUAUUUUUCUUCUCUUAUUCAACAGAGUCUCAGAUUCAAUCUCUGCAUGUGUGAAUGUGUAAUGUCAGUAAACUUCUAGAAACAGUUUUCAUUAAGCUUAUUCGGUAGUAGAAUGAUGUCUUAAUCAAAUACAACUGAAAUGAGUUGUAGCAUCAUUUUAGUUAUUUUUAGCUGUUGGGAUUUACUUGAAAAAUAUCCUCCGUAUGUUUGUAUAAACUUGUUUAUGACAUUUUGCUGCAUUUUUUUAAAGUUUUAAAAUGCUUUGUAGCUAACCACUUCAAAAAUAAUGGUUAUAACUUUAAAAGUCUAAAUAAUGCUGACAAAUUAUUUUAAAAUAUAUAAAUAUUUUCUAUUUUUUGUACAAAAUAAAGGCAUUUGCUUUGUCAUCAGUACAGGAUAGAAGGGUUAUAGCUUGUAUUUCUGCAGUUCUUACGUAAGUUAUUUCAGCAGUUUUGUCACAUAUUUAUUCUUUUGUGCUGUUUUUGAAAUGUUUCCACAUGUGGAGACUACUGUUGCUUUUUAAAGAACAGAAAUGCUAAUUAUUUCUUACUUUUUUCUGCAUAUGCUCUUAAUAUCGCCACAAUAACGUUAACCAAAAUGAAGAAACAACGUGGUACAGCGAUCUUGAGUAUACAACUGAAAGCAAACCUUUGCUGUCUAGACCUGGCUUUGUCUGUCACAUAGCUUUGGCCAACUCAUUUGCUCCUUUUUGUCUUUAUAACGUUAAAAUAAUACAAUCAGUCAAUAUAUUUUGUGCUAAUUUCUGUUAACUGUAGAUAGGUUCUUGAAAUCAGGUGGCUACUGCAAAUUAUAUGCUGCUAUUCAAUCUCUACAAAAGGGUUUGGGAGGGAGGCGGGAUGGGACAUGGACCACCAGGUUUGGUUCAGCAGUCUGACAAAACCUCAUUCAUGCCUCUGGAGGAGCAAGCCAUGAUUACUUUUUAACCUUUUUACUAUUAAAAAGUGUAUAAAAAUACUAAGCUUAAAGACUUACUCUUCACCAAUGCUACACCCUGCUGGAAAUCAGCAGGCUAGCUCUGUUCAUGUGCUGACUCCUGUUCAGUAAGAAGCGUAACACUGAUCUGCCAAUAUUUCUUAUGUUCUUAAAUACCUACCGGUUGCUUAA